AUGGCUUUCGUAAACCCAUUUUCUAGCCUAACCUCCGGUGAUAAGCAAUGGGUAGAUCAUAUUAGCAAAACCUUGAAAAACCAGCUUGCCAUUAACGUCGAUACACCUCCACUGUCGAUAUUUCAAAUUCCCCAAAUCCUAAAAGACGAAAAGCUGGAAGCAUAUGUCCCUCAACGGAUAGGGCUUGGUCCUAAUCACCAUUUCCAGCCAGAGCUCUAUCAGAACAUGGAGCAAAACAAACUCACUUCGGUGAAAAGGGUACUUAAGUCUAAUAAAGUUCAAGUCUCUGUGGAUCAAGUCGUAGAUAAAGUCAAAGAGAUCAUCCCCAUAAUUUGUGCUUGCUAUGAUUUGUACCUUGAUGCUGAUGAUGACACCUUGGCAUGGUUAUUCACCAUUGACAUAUCUUCUUUAUUGAUCUACUUGGUGCUUAUAUUGAUCAACAGGUUGCAAUAG